CUUUAAGAGAAAAGCUGAUAAAACGAUUAAAUAUCUAAAUAAUAUACAUUUUAACUAGUUAUAAAAAUAAAUGUCUGAUCUCGUGUGGAGUAUUAAAAAUGGUGAACUUGAUCAAGUUCAAUCAUUAAUCCGCGAAAAGAGUUGCCAUGCCAUUCAUACUUUUGAUGAACAAAAACCAUGUGAUGAAUAAAUAUACUAUGAAAUACAAAAACAAAAAACAAUAAAAUGGCUACAAAAUCCGCAACCGUAGCCGCACUAAAUUUAAUUUACAUUUUCUCUGGGAAGCAGAAAACGCAACCGCAUUCGCAGUCUAUAGAUAUAAAUUCGGAGUUAAACGGGAGGUAUCCUUUGCACUACGCAGCUGAUUACGGACAAUAUGAUGUCUUAGAUUACCUUAUAAGCAUCGGCGCAAAAGUCAAUGUAACAGAUAAACAUGAAAUUACUCCAUUAUUAGCUGCAAUUUGGGAGGGUCAUACGAAAUGUGUCCAGUUACUUUUAGAAAAGGGAGCGGAUAAAGAAGGUAAAACACCCGAUGGAAGUAAAUAUAUAGAUGUAGCAGAAAAAGAAGAAAUUCGGAAGCUUCUAUUAUAACUUAUUGAAUUAUAAUUAUUAAACAUCUUUUAGCUAUUAAUUUGAUUAAUAUACAUAUAUUGAUAUGUAUCCAAAUUUAAAUUUUUAUUUUAAUAUCUGCGUAUAAAUAUUCCAUUAAAAAAAUGAUGCAGUAACAUUUUUACAUUGCUGUGACAAAUUAAGUAACAAAAAACACGUUUUGAAUAAAAAUAUAUGAAAAAAUUAAAUUAAUUUAUAUAGAA